AUGCACCGCCUGGCAUACAACGCAUCUGGCAUUCGAUCUUUACACAGCUUGUCGGCGCACAAGACAUCAAUUUCUGCUGGUACACGCUCCGUGCGAUGGAGGAGAAAGCGAUAUGUGUCUGCUACGCCAUGUCGGCCUUUAGUUAAAGCAGUCGACCAUACGGUGACCAAUGUGGAGAAAAUCCUUUUGGACACGAUCAGAGCAACAGGGCCCAUAUCGUAUGCCACCUACAUGCAGAUGUGUCUUUCACAUCCAGUGUAUGGCUACUACAUGAAUCAAGAUCAUGCUGUUAUAGGCUCUCGAGGGGACUUUACGACAAGCCCAGAGAUUAGCCAGGUCUUCGGCGAACUCGUCGGUAUAUGGCUGCUCUCUCAAUGGCUUCAUACGGGUGCCUCCCGCAAGAUACGGCUAAUCGAACUGGGACCGGGUCGCGGGACGUUAAUGAAAGAUAUUCUCCUGACGUUCAACAAACUUUCCACGGCUAAAUCAGCGGUCAAGGAGAUCCACUUGGUGGAGACAAGUCCUGCUAUGAUUCGCCAACAGAACGCUAGCCUUGCUCCCUUCAAUUUAGACAUACACUGGCACAGUUCACUGGAUGCUGUUCCACCGGACCCCACCAGGUUCAGCAUGGUAGUCGCGCAUGAGUUCUUCGACGCGUUGCCAUUCCAUCUUAUCGAGAAAAGACAUGAAGGCUGGCACGAAGUGCUGAUAGACCGUUCUCCGGAUUCGGUGGACUCGCAAGUUGAGGAGCGCCAACAAAAAACCCAGCUUACCACGUCUCUCGACCUUGGAUCAUCUCCUCCUGUGUCUCUGAAACCCCGUUUCCGUCAGGUCCUAUCUCCAACGCCUACAGCAUCUUCUUCCUUGCUCGGGCAAUCCUCACCUCGCUUCCAACGGCUCCCCGUAGGGACUCGGCUGGAAAUAUCUCCGGCGGCAUUCAAAACUGCCCGUCGAAUCGCAGAGCUUCUUAAUCCAGAAGAUGAAGGAGAGUCCGGAGGAUGUGCCCUCAUUGUAGAUUAUGGCGGAGACAAAGCGUAUGGAAAUUCGUUCCGCGCAUUCAAGGACCACAAAAUUGUCGAUGUCUUCCAUCGUCCUGGGGAAUGUGAUCUCACGGCCAACGUCGAUUUCCAAUACCUGAAGGAUGCUACGGCAGAUUUAGUUCUCUCGCAUGGCCCGCUGUCACAAGCCACCUUCCUGAAGCAUAUGGGCAUCGACGUGCGCGUCGAAGCGCUUCAAAAGGCUGCGCAGUCGGAGACGCGUGCCAAAGAAAUCAAAGAGGCUGCACAGCGUCUGGUUGACCUCACUGGCAUGGGAAGCCAAUAUAAGGUCAUGGGCUUAAGUGGCAAGACGGUGCAGAAAGUGCCUCCUGAGGCGAGAUGGCCAUUCUUGGAGGUGGACUACAAGACCAGCCAGGGGUGGUAG